GUCAGGAAUUGGCAAACAUGAUUUUAGAAAUUAUAUAUGAUGAUUCUCUACUAUCAAAGUUCUUUGUACUCUGUACCUAGUACUUAACAUAGGUACCUAAUUAUCGAUAACCUGAUAACCAAAUCACGGUAUCGACACCUUCUGAAUAUAUAGAAGAAACUCCAGUGUAGCUUCCAUGUUGUCUUUCAUCUACUCUCUUUCCUUCCCAAAUAGUUCCAGGUUACUUUUCUCCUGAAGUAUCCAGGAGUUCCUCCGUUACUAUUAUUUCCCUACCUGGUAUUUACGCUUAAUUCUUCAACUUUGCAACCUUCAACUAUGCCCCCGCGAAAGAAAAACGCCAGCGCGCCCGCAAGCAACCCCGGAGAGGCCACCAGGAGAUCGACCAGGAAUACCAAGAAAUAUAGCCCCACACCUAUCCUUACCACUCUCGACUCCUCUGAAGACGAGAUCUCAUCUACUCGUGCAAAUGUUUCCGUGGCUACUGGAACAGAGGAUUCACAACAAGAUGAACCCGGUGAUACGACCACCGUUCGUACCACCCGUUCUAAAUCCCACGCAAGCAGCCGCCCGUCAACAGCAAACAGCAAUGGCGUCUCUCAGCCCGGAGUAAUUUCAACUCCCGCCACGAAUAAAGACGUAAUGAUGAUCGAUGUGAGCGACGAUGAGGGGGAGGAUGAGCUCUCUGGCCAGGGACCAGCCUUAAAGAAAACUAAGUCCGUAAAGAAUACGCCGACCAGCGCUCGGAAGAGCAGGUCAAAAUACGACAACCCCGAUGAGAUGCUAACUAACCCCCGGGCGCCGUUAGCUAAGGUCAACCUCCGGGAUUUACUAUGCAGCAGUAAGGCAUGGGAUGUCCUUAGUCCGGAGGAGAAGAAGUCGGUCCUGGACAAAUUCCCAGAUGAGAAGGAAGUUCUAGACGCCGGGACUGAGAACGCGAGACCAGACAUCGCGGCACUCAGGAAUAAUGAUAACUUCCGCCACGACGCAGCCCGGUACCAGGAAGACCUAAGAAAGGGGUGGCAUGACCCGGAGUGGAUCCGCCAGGCUCAAGCCGCGCAUAGGAGGCGCGCGCUCGGCGACUACAACGAGUAUCUUGCGGCUCGGUUUGAGGAGGACUGGGGUAUACCUAUGCCAAAGCAGAGAAAUGGGGAGAAUAAUGAGAUAGGGAACGAUAUUCUAAAAGACGGAGAUAACGACAGCGACGAUGAUCCCGGUGCGAUGCAAGGGGUCGAAACUAAUGAAAGAGAUCAAGCAGACAAGGAGGGGCCGGAGAAUGAGGAUAAAGUUCUGAAAGAUGGACGUGAGCAUCCUCCGGACACGGUGAUGGCCUUAUGAAGAACUACAGCAAUUGUUGCUCUUGGAAUUUAUCUAUACGAUGAGACGAUCGAUACGAUGUCUUGAAGUCUUGAUGCUACUAUAAGUAGCCCAUUAGAUGUGAUGUCUUUGAGCUCUUUAGGAAUAAGUCCACCCUUGAUACUCACAAACACAAUGCCGUAGUCGUCCCAAUUCGUUUUUCAUAUAUUAUCCAACAGGCACGCAGCGCACUAUUUACCCCCUCUAUUACACUGGAAAUCAUCUCAAUGAAUGUAUCAACGGC